UUUGAUUAAACAAGCAGACCGCGCAGAGUAAGUGAAACUUCCGCGGUCACAUGAUCCCCAGAGGUACCGGGUCGAGCACUCUGGGACGGUUCUAUGAGUCGGAGGAGGUCGGGAGCCGCUGUGAGAGGGAUGAGUCAACGAGAGAUCCGCGAGAACAUAAAGCUGGCGCGAGAGUACGCCCUGCUGGGAAACUACAGCUCGGCCAGCGUUCUGUACCGCGGGCUGCUGGACCAGAUCAGAAGAACCAAGCACGCUGUCCGCGACGGCAGCGUUCAGCAGGAAUGGCAGCAGCUGUGGCAGCAAAUGAAUGCAGAGAGCCAACUCCUUCAGGGUAUACUGUCCACUCUGGAGAAAAAUCAGAUUGAGCCCUCGCCUGCUAAAGCCAGUAACCAUGAGGACUGGGACAUGAGGCCUCUGCACUCGGAGCAGCGACAUUUUCCCUGUCCCAUCCGCCGCCCUGAUAACCCCUACAAAGACAGCAAAUCCCCCAACAACCGGCAGAACGCGGCGGUGAAGGCCCAACAGAGACACUCGCAUCGAGGACCCACCGGAGAGCGCAGCAAAGCGCCCAGAGACAAGGAGAAGAAGGAAGCAGCAGGCAAAGCAAAGGAAGAUAAGGAGAAGGAGGUGAAACGGUUUGAUGGGGCGGGAUAUGACAAAGACCUGGUGGAGGCUCUGGAGAGAGACAUCAUUUCACAGAACCCCAACGUGAAGUGGGACGACAUUGCAGACUUGGAAGAUGCCAAAAAGCUGCUAAAGGAAGCAGUGGUGCUGCCCAUGUGGAUGCCAGAAUUUUUCAAAGGCAUAAGAAGACCAUGGAAGGGGGUGCUCAUGGUGGGACCUCCAGGGACAGGAAAGACACUCUUGGCAAAAGCUGUUGCAACUGAAUGCAGAACCACAUUCUUUAACGUCUCUUCAUCCACACUGACCUCCAAGUACAGAGGAGAGUCUGAGAAGCUGGUUCGUCUGCUGUUUGAAAUGGCGCGCUUCUACGCUCCCACUACAAUCUUCAUUGACGAGAUCGAUUCCAUGUGCAGCCGCAGAGGGACAUCAGAAGAGCACGAGGCCAGCAGAAGGGUGAAGGCAGAACUUCUGGUGCAAAUGGAUGGUGUUGGUGGAGCUUCAGAGAACGAAGACCCAUCAAAGAUGGUCAUGGUGCUGGCUGCCACCAACUUCCCAUGGGACAUUGACGAGGCUUUGAGGAGACGGCUGGAGAAGAGAAUUUACAUUCCAUUGCCAUCAACAACAGGGAGAGUGGAGCUGCUCCGGAUCAACCUGCGAGAGCUGGAGCUAGCCAGCAAUGUGGUCCUCGACAAGAUCGCCGAGCAGAUGGACGGCUACUCGGGGGCAGACAUCACCAACGUGUGCAGAGACGCCUCUCUGAUGGCCAUGAGACGCAGAAUCGAGGGGCUCACCCCAGAUGAGAUCCGCAACCUCUCCCGGGACGAGAUGCACAUGCCCACCACCAUGGAGGACUUUGAGUCUGCUUUAAAGAAAGUUUCUAAGUCUGUGUCUGCAUCUGAUCUGGAGAAGUACGAGAAGUGGAUUGAAGAGUUUGGAUCAUGCUAAAGGAGCUUCUCCUCGCAAGGACUUCCAACCAAACCCGGACUCUGAAGAAGAUCCGGUUUGGUUCUUUACAGAAGCUAAAUGUCUUUAACACGAAGACUUUAAGAACUGACAGUUAGGAGAUCUUUGGACAUUGUCAAGAUAAAGAAAAAAAAUGUUGCACUUUGGAACCAAUUCAAUUAUUUCUGCUUACCUGCUUUCUUGUACUUGAUUUGUCUGUAAAUGUCUGUUUUAACUUUGUAAUUUAAACACAUUAAAGAAACACUAGGGAAACAUUC